GCGACCGAUGCCGCCAAUGGCGCCGACGACACGAUUUCGGCGCUGGCCAGUUCGGCCGAGCAGGUCGGCAAGAUCGUCCAGCUUAUCCAGUCGAUCGCCCAGCGCACCAAUCUGCUCGCGCUCAAUGCCUCGAUCGAGGCGGCGCGCGGGGGCGAAGCCGGGCGCGGUUUCGCGGUGGUGGCCAGCGAGGUGAAGGAACUGGCCGCACAGACCAGCCGCGCGACCGAGGAAAUCGCGCAGCAGAUCAACGCGAUGCAGGAUUCGACCGGCGCCAGCGUCGGAGCGCUCCGUGCUAUCGCCGGACAGAUCAAGGAACUCGAAUCGACCGCCGUCUCGAUCGCCAGCGCGGUCGACCAGCAAUCGGUCGCCGGCCAGGACCUGGCGCGCAGCAUCGAUCUCGCCGCGCGCUCGACCGACGAGGUUUCCUCCAAUGUGUCACAAGUUCGCGAGACCAGCCUCGCCACCGGUGCUGCGGCGAGCCAGGUACUCAAUUCCUCGACCGAGCUCGAGGCCCAGGCCAGCACGCUCAAAUCGCAGGUCGCGCAUUUCCUCGAACACGAAAUCGCUGAUGUCGAUAUCGGCUACGCGCAAUCGGAGCGACGCGGCUCCGCCCUGUCCGAUUGGUUCAUGGGCAAAUCGCUGGCCGCCAAGGCGAAACUGGCCUCCGCACUGACGCUCGGCGGCGUGCUGGCAAUUGCCAUCCUCGCAGUGACCGGGCUCACCUAUCCGCAGUUCGCGGGGGUGGCGAGGAUCGGAGUCAUUGCAAUUGCCGCCAUCACGCUUGCCGGCGGGUAUUACAGCGUCAAGCUCAUCCUCGACCAGGUCAUCGCGCCCUUCCUGCGCGUGGCACACGAUAUGCAGAGCCUGUCGCGGGGCAAGCGCGACAUUGCGGUUUACGGCCUCGACCGGGAAGACGAGAUCGGCGAUCUCGCCCGCGCCCUAGAAGUAUUCCUCAAGUCGGGCCUCAAGCUCGACGAACUGUUUUCCGCACGCAAGCAGGCAGCGCGACAGCGCAGGGCCCAGAUCGCCAGCAUGGCGAGCGACUUCGAAACCGGGGGUCAGCGACGUCGUCAGUAG